AUGAUGAGAUCAGCGACGACUCCGAGGAUGACCUGGAUUCAAUCUCGCAGUCCUCAGAAGGGGAGGCGAAGCACGGCAGGCACGGAGAGCCCAGCGCGGGCACGUGCUUCCAGGCGCUCCAUGAAGCCAGAAGUGCAGGAGGUGGCGCAGGAGGAUGGCUCAGACGAGGAGUCCGGCAGCAGCGACAGCAAGUUGGAGCUGCAGUCGCAGCGAGUUGGAUCUCCUUCACGGGAGGAGCGGCCUUUGAGAGCUCGAGGCCUGGAGGGCUCAGACAGCGGAAUCCUGGGCUAUGCGCGGCAGGUGGCCGAAGAGGUGGGACCAUCGGAUGGCGUCUCUGUGUCUGACAUCCUCAUGUUUGCCAAGAAGGUGGCUGCGAAUCCCUCGGAGAGCGGCGUUGUGACCGAGAGCUCUGGAGUCGGCGAUUUCAGCGAGGAUGGACUGCUGCGAUUCGCCAGGAAGGCACUCAAACACGACCUGGCAUCGCAGGGGGGCACCUCCAUGGCGGAAAGCGACGUCUUGGCCUUCGCCCGCCAGGUGGCCGAGAAUGCCGGCAGUGCUGCAGGCACUGACACAGGCACCGACAUUUUUGCCUUUGCUCGCAAGGCCGCGCAGAAUGUCUCCGCCUCCGGCGUCAGUGCACCCAACUCUGUUUUGGCAUUCGCACGGCAGGCUGCUGGUGAGGUCUCUCGCUCGGGAGUAUCUCAGGGAAGCGUCGCCGAUGUCUUGGCCUUCGCGCGACAGGCUGCCCAGCAGAUCUCGCGCUCUGGCGUGGGCAGCGAGUCGGACGGGGUGUCCUUGGCCCAGGCGGAGAUCUCUCAGUCGGGGGUCAGCGAGUCCAACAUCUUGGCCUUCGCCCGCAAGGUUGCACAUGCGCACGAUCCAGAGGAUCGCUCCAAAGCCAGUGACGGGGGAACCGACAUCUUGGACUAUGCACGGCAGGCGGCAGAGGAUGUGUCGCGCUCUGGAGUGGCCACAUCCCAGGCCAGCGUUCCACCGUCGCAGCUGUUCGCGGCUCGCGGUGUCCAGUCUGACAACUCCAGCCUGCCGUCUGAUUUCGUGAACUAUGCUCAAGCAGUUGCCCGCGACGUGUCGCAAGGCGGCUUCAGCCGUGCCACUGAG